UUGUGCGCAUGCGUGGAAGCGGGAGGGCAGGCACGCGUGACCUCCCGGUGUCGAUCCCCCUUGGUACCGGCUGCGCCGGAUCGCCCCCAGCCCCGGGGGUUCCGUCGGCAUGUUGGCACAGGGAUUCGGGCGUGUUAAUGCGGGGGUAUAGGUGUGACCUGGGAGAUCUGGCCAGUGUGAGUCGCCUCUCGCUGCCGAAAGGUACCAGGCUACCCUGCCCCAUCCCCUGGCCUCGCAGGAGACACGGACUGCGGUGUUGGGCCUCUCGCUCGGUGCAGAGGCCAUGAAGAUUAACCAGGACACGGUGCUGCGAGGAAAGAAGGUGACGCUGGUGCCCUACACCGCUGCACACGUGCCCCGGUACCACGAGUGGAUGCAGUCGGAGGAGCUGCAGCGACUGACAGCUUCGGAGCCUCUCAGCCUGGAGCAGGAGCACGAAAUGCAGCGCAGCUGGCGGGAUGAUGCUGACAGUGAGCAUCUGGAAUGCUUCCUGAAGGAGGGUGGGAGUGAGUGCACCUUCAUUGUGCUGGACUCAGAGCGCUGGCCUGGGCAGGUGGAGGAGAACUCCAUGGUGGGGGAUGUGAAUCUCUUCCUCACCAACGCCGAGGAUCCGACUGUGGGCGAGAUUGAAAUCAUGAUUGCAGAGCCCAGCUGCCGUGGCAGAGGGUUCGGCAAGGAGGCAACUCUGCUGAUGAUGGCCUAUGGAGUGAGAAAACUCGGGAUCACCAAGUUUGAGGCUAAGAUUGGUCAGGAAAAUGAAGCCAGUAUCUGCAUGUUCAAAAAGCUUCACUUCAAGGAGGUUGCUGUGAACAGCAUUUUCCAGGAGGUGACGCUGAGGCUGGAUGUCAGUGACCAGGAGAGACAGUGGCUCCUGGAGCAGACAAACCAUGUGGAGGAGAUGAGCUACGCUGAGCUGAAGCAGCCAGCUGGGGUUCUGGACACCUGACAGACACCGGCAGACGCUGGCUGGGUUUCCAGGGAGAAGUUGGACGUUGUUGCAAGGUCUGGGUGUGGGAGACACCAGUGAGCCAACACUGGAACUGUUUUCAUCUGUCUCCUUCAGCUGUUUUGUCAUCUUGUCAACUUUGCACUUUGCUCCACCAGCCAGGAUUACUGUCUGAAAUUUGGACCUGGGGAACAGCCACUAACUCACAGGUUUGGCUAGGAAUGACUCUAACUUUGAUGUGCUGUUCCAACAGAGCCUAAAAUCACCAACAGUUGAUUCCUGGACAAGCAGAAACUUCUCCCACUGCUCUUAAAUCGGGAUUCAUCAGUGAGGUUUCAUAUACUGGCAUCUCAGUCUUUUUUACUCUUGAAUAAAAAAAAAAAUCACAAAAGA